UAAACAAUGGACCUCUGCGUAAAACACUGGGUUAGUCGUUGAUUACAUCACUACUGAUUCAAUGGAUAGAAGUUGUAAUAGGUUGGCCAAUUUGUGAAAUUAUUCUAAUUUAUUUUAUCAUGGGACAAGCGCGACAGACCAUUGCGCGUUAAUUGCGAAGGAACUAUCGUGUUGCAGUGCAUGACUGACAGAGGCAGCUGAAUGCGGAAUCUCAUGGGACCGGGGCAGCUAUGGUGGUGCGCCCGUCUGAUCCGGAUUGGGGCAAUGUGAAGAGUGCACAUACUUUUGAAACUAGAUGACAGCACAAGACUCGAUCAUCGGGCAGCUGCUGUCUUUCGGAAGAGAACUGUCAAUGGCGGUCACCUUCGGUUAGAAGACGCAUUUCAGACGAGGACAUUAUUAUUUUUCACACACAAAGUAGUAGUCUGUUUAAUCAUAGUCAAGUGGUCCAGGGUAAAGUGAAGGCUAUGGGAGCACUAUGUUGUCCCGAAAAGGACUGAUCCCGGACGACUACUUGCUGACACGACUGGCUGAGGAUGUCCAGCAGCCUAAAUUCACGACAAAAGCGCGGAAGGCACGGUUUGUUGCCAAAAAUGGAACCUGUAAUGUGGCCCACACGAACAUUCGCGAACAGGGACGGUUUCUACAGGAUGUUUUCACCACUUUAGUUGAUCUAAAAUGGCUCCACACACUUAUUAUUUUCACCAUGUCGUUUCUAUGCAGCUGGCUGCUGUUUGCGAUGGCUUGGUGGCUAAUUGCUUUUGCGCACGGUGACCUGGAUGAAAAAGGUGAUGACUUUGUUCCGUGCGUAACGGACAUAAACUCAUUUUCCUCUGCGUUCCUUUUCUCAAUAGAGGUGCAAGUUACCAUCGGGUUCGGCGGACGCAUGGUCACAGAGGAAUGCUUGUCAGCAAUAGUAGUCCUUAUCAUUCAGAACAUAGUGGGCUUGCUGAUUAACGCCAUCAUGCUAGGGUGUAUCUUUAUGAAGACCGCUCAAGCGAACCGGCGCGCCGAGACCCUGAUCUUCAGCAAGCACGCAGUCAUAUCCAUCCGAAAUAACAAGCUCUGCUUCAUGAUCCGUUUAGGGGACCUGAGGAAGAGCAUGAUCAUUAGCGCCACCGUGCGGAUGCAGGUGGCAAUGCGCAGCACCACUCCUGAGGGCGAGGUGAUUCCCUUGGACCAGAUCGACAUUCACAUGGACAACCCAGUGGGGACCAACGGUAUUUUCCUGGUGGCCCCUCUUAUCAUUUGUCACGUUAUCAACAAAGACAGCCCCCUAUACGACCUGUCGCCAGGGGACUUGCAGAAUAAUGACAUUGAGGUGAUAGUGGUGCUGGAGGGAGUGGUGGAAACAACCGGGAUAACAACCCAAGCCCGGACGUCUUACCUCUCCGAGGAAAUACUGUGGGGGCAGCGCUUUGUGCCUACCAUCUCCGUGGAGGAAGGCACGUACGCGGUGGACUAUUCUAAAUUCGGUAACACGGUUCGAGUACCGACCCCCAGCUGCAGUGCCAAGAAGCUGGAUGAGAAUGGAGGCACUGCCUGGUUAAAACUGCACGACCAGGCCACCCCGCGGCCAUCCGUGAGAAAGCGACGACUCUCUAUGCGAAUGAGGCAGCACACCAUCAGCCCAUUAGCCUAAAUAGCCUACUUUUAUAGUUGGGACGAAUUUUUAAUAUAAAAUAAUUUUAAUAUGAUUAUAAUUUAAUUGAUUAUUGAGUGCGCUCGGGCUUUUGUUCUAGCCAGUGCUGACAUCGGCUUCAACAAAGGAAUGAUUACAUAAAUCCAGUGAGUUAAUGCUUUGCUAAAACAAAAGCCUGUAAACCUGUUGGGUAUACGACCCAGGACUAGGAUCAAAUAACACUGUUGUUGCCUAACAGCCACGUGGUCCCUAUCGAUUGCAAUUAACUAUUGAAUGAAGCAUUGUAGGAGAUAAGGGGCCUGAAUGUUUUGCCGUUUUAUCAAUCCCAGAAUAUGCACGUAUAAAGUAGGGGAGACCGGGGAUAGUUGUAACAUUUCGGACAUUUCUACUCUGUAUCUUGAAGCUCUUUUAAGCCAGUGCAUUCAAAAUUGUCUACAAACGAGUUACCUGUCUGCUAUUAGUUGGCGUAGCUGUUAUAUCUGUAACACAGACAAAACAUUUGUGGUUUAGUCUCAAACACAAGCAGUAAAAUGUUACAAUUUACCCCAUAGCCUGGGUCAGUUGUAACAUAACCUGGGGUGAACUGUAACAUUAUGAUAUACCAUGGGGUGAGUUGUAACAAUAUAAAAAAAUAAUUAUGACAAAAAAAUUAUAUGGAAAGCUUUUUAUUUAAAAACUUAAAUUACUUUUUAACAUAAUUGGUCUGUGUGUGAAGUAUGUUAGUUACUGUCAGUCAUUGUAGAGAGACAUUUGAACAUAAUACAUUUGAACAAAAUGAGCAUUACUGAAUAUUAUUUUUUGUGUUUGUUUGUUACCGUCAGUCUAGGCAUAAUGAAAUUCAAAGAAAACAUAUACAGGCCUACAACAAAAAUGUUGCAUAUAGUAGGUUGUAACAUUUUAAUUGUUGUUAUAACUAACCCAGACUCUUGUUGUUACAACUAACCCAGAGUCCUAUAGUCAUUAACUAGCUUACCUUACAGCUAAUAGGUAAAACAUUAUAACUAACAACUUGCAUGAAAGAUAUCUAGAUAGACACACAAUAAACGUGAUUUAAGUUUGAUGAAUUUAAUUACAUAGCUGGCAAUACUAUCACAAAAAUUAACGAGGGAAAAAAAUACAAAGUCUUACCUCAAAUGUAGUUUUUUUCCUUUUAAAAAUAGUUGUGUCUGCCACGGGGUGCUACUUAUUCACAUGUGAAAUAAGGAUUAAAUUGAGCAAGUGCAGAGUGAAUCAGAUGAUUCGUAACUUGUUCCUGAUUAGAGAAAUUGGAAGUGUUACAACCAUCCCCGGUCUCCCCUACCUUCUUACUCAGGUUGCUCACAUGAAAACAUAUGCACAUGUGGUGGAAUGCAUUUUGAUAGAUUUCCAAAGUUAUAAAAAGUUGUGUACUUUGUUCACAUUGGAAGAGACUCAAUUGUAGUUGAACACAUUGGAAAACACUCUUCUUGUGGCCCAGUUCAAUGCUGUAUUCGCUUACCAUAGACACAAGUAUACGACAAACAAAAGUAAUUGACCCUGAUUCAUGAAACCUCAGAAGAGAUCUCAGAUUCAAGCGUGGGGAGAAACAUACGAUCAACACCAAGUGUGAUUUACGAAACUAUCACACCUCUUCGAAAUGAGCUGAGAUGUAAUCGCAGAUUGAUAAAUCGAAUGAAGCUGUGGACACGAGAACGUGCUGCACUUGUGUUUAAUUACAUACACCCGUUAUUUAUGCGGGUGUGACGGUCAUCAACAUAUAAAUGAAUUAGCAGCUUUCUGCAUGAAUUAUAGCCUGAAGCCGCUAAUGAACCUUUAAUCAUUUUCCACGAAAAAAAACAAGAGCCAGGGCCCUUUAGAAGAGCAAGCUCUGCCAUUAUUAGGAAUACAGCUCGACCCACAAACACUGGUUCAUGUAUAAUCCCACCAGUCAAUUUACCGGUUAGCUAAUCAAGAUGCCAGCCACUAAAAUUAUAGUGGCCAUUUAUGAUCUCCAAGUAUGUCGACACUAUAGGCAUGAGUGAAAAGCAAGUUUUUUUGUGUAGCGCAUCACAAAGGCCUACCCAAAGGCAAUUCAAACCUUACAAACGCAUGUCGACAAACAAGUCUAAAAAACUGCAACAAUGUGAAAGGAAUACAUCAUACGUUGAUAAGGUAGUGGUACAUUAUUUAACAUUUUGAUAAGUUUCUUCGUCCUAUGUGCUUCUUAUUUUUUAUUACCUAUUAUUAUAAUUGGUAAUAAGUGGUUGUUGUUACUGAGGCUGUUGAUUGUUGGUUUUCGUGAUUUCGAGGGUCUUACUGUGAAUCAAGCAUCAUCUUACUUUUUGACGUUGGUUUACACAGUCCCUGACCAGACGUGCGUUUGAUUGUAAGGAUACGACAAAUACACCCUAAUAUUGUCGUGAAAUGAUCAUGCGAUAAUUUUAAGAUCAAAUUUGAUGGUAUGCAUGUUUCAUAAAUCAGGGCAGGUGACUUUAGAUCCCGGUAGAGUCCAUGUUAAGACCACUCAUUUGAAGUUUGAAACCUGUAGCAGACCCGGGCCCUCGAAGGACUGGACGGAAACAGUACUGAUUUACACUACUUAUGGUAGAAAAUAUCUAUGGCCUUUGAUAGUCCUACGUAAAGCUUGACUUGAAAAUAAAGUUGGAUUUGCCUUUUAAAAAGCAUUUGACAUGUUCUGUCCAGGACAUUUGGACCAUACACAGAGGAGUCCUUGAAAAGUGAAACUAUGUCCUUAUCAUGACAAAUCUAGUUUGACAAUAAACAACAUGAGACACA